AUCUAGGACAGCAACAACCCAACUACAGAACACAUAUUCCAUCAAAUAAUGUUUUUGGUGAUAAAAAUAGAAUCCCCUGAAUUUUUAAUUUUGCAACUACUGUCCACGCCAAGAAGUUCAAAGACUUUUGGAAAGACAGUAUGAUCAGCAACUCCCGAUUCUCGAUCAUCACUAAUAAUCCAAUACUGAGCAGAGACAGAAGCAGAUAAAAGAGAUACAGAAAACAGCCUUGUAGUGGAAGAGACUAUACAAUGGUGGCCGGAACUUUCGGGUUAAGUUUACAUAGCCUAACAACAAUUUUAGUCUCCAUCUUUGUUGUUAUUGCUGUUUAUAUGAUGAGCGAAAGCGAACGACCCUUCUUUGAAGGUGUCAGUACAAUGUCCAGAACUACUAUGAAGAGUUACAACGAGACGACAAUCAUAGGUUACAGCGAGACAACAAUGAAGCACAACGAGAUGGCCGUGAAGGGUUAUAACGAGACGAUGCGGAAGGGCUCUAGCAGCGAAUUGACCCCGCCGUCGAGUUGUGAUCUUUUUUCAGGUAAAUGGGUUUACGAUAAUUCGACAAAUCCUUUGUAUUCUUGGAAGCAGUGCUCAUUCUUGAUUGAUGAGUUUGCCUGUGAGAAGUUUGGAAGAAAAGAUUUAAGCUAUCAGAAUUGGAGAUGGCAACCCAACCAGUGCGACUUACCAAGAUUCAACGCCAAAGCAUUAUUGGAGAGAUUGAGAGGAAAAAGGAUAGUCUUUGUUGGAGAUUCACUAAACAGAAAUCAAUGGGUUUCCAUGGUUUGUCUGGUGGAAUCUGUUAUCCCAUCAGCAUUCAAGUCUGUGAACAUCACCGGUUCUUUCAGAAUCUUUAAUGCCAUUGAAUAUAAUGCAACCAUUGAAUUUUACUGGGCACCAUUGAUGGUUGAAUCAAAUUCGGAUAAUCCGGUGUACCACCGAGUACCACAUCGAAUAGUCAGAGCUGGAGCUAUUGAAAAACAUGCGAUUCACUGGACUGAUGCUGAUAUACUUGUCUUUGAUUCCUACCUUUGGUGGAAAGUCCCAAAACUGGAAGUCUUGUGGGGAUCCUUCGAAAAACCUGAUGAAGGAAUCUACAAAGAUUUAGGAAUGGUGGGCAAUUUUGAAGUGGCUCUAAAAGCAUGGUCCGACUGGCUUGAAAAUCGUAUCAACCGUACAAGGACACAAUUGUUUUUCAACAGCAUGUCACCAACACAUGAUAGGGCAGCUGAAUGGGGAAUGAGAAAAGUAGGAAACUGUUACAGCGAAACAGAACCGAUACUACAAGAACAUUACUGGGGUAAAGGAACAAAUCCAGACAUUAUGAAGGCCGUGGAGAGUGCAGUCAAUAAAUUAAAAGUUAAAGGUGUUGAUGUGAAAAUAAUGAAUAUUACACAACUAUCAGAAUACAGAAAAGAAGCCCAUCCUUCUAUGUAUAAAAGAAUAUGGGAUACAUUAACUCCAGAACAAAUAGCAAACCCUGCUAGUUAUUCUGACUGUAUGCACUGGUGCCUUCCUGGAGUCCCUGAUACUUGGAAUGAGCUCCUUUAUGCUUACUUACUGCCCUAA